CACCUUUUGUCAUGUUUUUUGAGACAUUGUGUAUUGAAAUAGAGGUCAAACUGUUUGAGUGCAACAGGAUUUACUUCAACAAUAAUUAUUACAAUGUAUUGUGCAUUUGUUUUGAGCGAUUAUCCUGCGUUGUUCAUCCCGACUUGUGAUUUGUAUUUGCUAAGUUGUUUUUUGGGGUCAGUUAUUCAUGUCAGAAAUGUCUCCUCAAAGCAUUUGCCCCCCACCUGUGAAUGUGGCUCGAAAGGGGAAGUGGACCUUCAACAUCCUAUUUAAGAUCACUCAUGAUCAACUCUAUUCACCAAUGUCGUUGAAAGCAGAACAGCACAUAUGACAGCACACUUAUUUUACACAAUAUUCUGUUUAACUAAAUGCACCAGUACAUUUAUUUUUAAAAAUUAAUAUACAACCCACAUACAGAUCACUUACAUAAGGACUAUUGAAAUGGAGGGCAAAGGAUUUUUUCCAAAUAAUAAAAUCUUGAUUCUUAAUAGAUACAUCGGCACAGGAGGCUCUGUCGCCCCUGCUGGCCGUUCCGUGUAACAACAACAGAGGUUGGGGAGGUCCGGCCCAUUUGACUUAGUUUUUCCCUGUAAAGCAAAAUCACAUGAUGUGAAUUUUGUCAUAUGACACAAAUAGAAGCACCGAUCGCUCAGCGAGCGUCCCAGUCGUCCUCCGUGAACAUAGGGGCAGCUCGCGCACUUGUCCGGGAUGAGAUGCUGUAGCCUGACAUCGUUCGGUGGUAGUAAUCGAUAAGAUCUGGAGGAUGGGCCGCCGGAGGGUUCUGCCUGCAGUGUGCGCCGCUUGUUUCGUGGGCGUGGUGUUGUGCCAGACCACACUCACCCCCGCUGUGAUGAACACCACUCUCAUCCAGGAUGUGACCAGUCCGACUGUCACCCCCGUGAUUCUCAGCAGCACCGCCACCCCGGGCUGCUCUGAAUACAACAUUUCCACUUGUGAGCCGUGUGCACCGGGAUCUCAGUACGACAACAACACCUUGCUGUGUACGUGCUGCUCUGACCCCGGGCUGUGUCUUUUUCCUGGAGCCUGUCUGCCGUGCACCACGGGUUUCUAUCAGCCACUAGCUGGACAGCAGCAGUGUCUCCCCUGUAACCGGGGCUUCUACACAAAUUUCACCGGAAGUCCUUUAUGUCACCCCUGCCCCCUUGGGUCCUUCAACAAUAACACCGGCAGAGACAGUUGCUCAACUUGUUCACCAGGUUUCUUUACAUCGCAGCAGAGCUCCACCUCAUGUGUGCCGUGUGCACUGGGAAGUUUUUGCAACUCCGAUGGUUGUAGCCAGUGCCAGGUGUGUCCCGGAGGAACAGAAGCUCUGCAGCCUGCUGCUGUAGACUGCACACCAUGUCGCCCGGGCAUGCACAAGGCUCCCCAUCAGACCAUGUGUCAAAUCUGCGCGAGUGGCUUCUUCCAGAUUCACUGGGGCCAGGACAGUUGUGAUGUGUGCCCAGAGAAUCACUACUGCCCCAGUCCAGACGUCAACCCCAUCCAGUGUCCCAGCGAUGCGUUCUGUCCGGCCGGCAGCUUGUCUCCAGGCUACUGCAUGGAGACUUUCUUCCGCAAAGAAGGGGAAACCUGUGAAUUAGCCCCUGUGACCAUUGCUCUUUUAGUUAUUGGAGGAGGGGUGGCCCUGCUCUUCAUCAUUUUAAUGGUCCUGCGUAGACGGAAAGACACUGACGGAGAGCUGUCUGUAGCCCGAGCUCCGUUACUACGCAAAGAGCGGCCUCAGGGUCGAUUCUACGGGAUCCCCUGUGAUGCAGAACCCGUAUACGCCGGCUGGUGAACCAAAGGAAAGUGUCUUAGCUUUCCUAAGUGUUUGGUGGACCAAAACCAUUUGAAAUCCUAUCUUCAUGUCAGUCCCGACUGAAAACAAAAGGACUGGUGGUAAAACCCUGGACCGAUGCUUUGACAGUACUAUGAAAAGCCAUUAUCUUUUUUAAGUUUGAAUAUAUUAUUGAGAAACAAAAGUUUUUGUGAAUUCUUGUAGCUCAACACUGUUACAGUUGUCCCAGUAAAAUACGAACUAGAUUAUUAGAUUGUGAGAGGUAUGCUGGAACGGUGAGAACGAGAUGCCUUGACUUGGUGGGAACCUCUCUCUCUUAUGAAUAGCACUUUUUAAAAAGAGAUAACUGAUUUACUUUGCACUAGAGUAACGGUAGAGUUGUGGAUGCCUCCAUUAACUUGUUCCGCAGUUACAGAGAGGUCCUCAUAAUAUAUGGUUGGUACCUUGGUUUUUAAUGCAUUUAAUAGCACAUCAUGCCGUCUGUCGAUUAAAUGAUACCUUUGCUUCAUGUUUUUCUAAUUGUUUUUUUAAGAUUAUAUUUGUAUGUUUGUAUGAUGUAAGAAAAUAAAUAUGAAUUGUGGCUUAAGCUGAAAAACUGUUCUGUGCUCAUUUGAAGAACAACAAAACCUGUAUAAUUUCUUUAUUAUAUGUUUGGAAAUCUUUAGUUUUUUGCUCACAGCAGAAGUUUGACAACACAUAGAAGGACAUGACUGAUUCAUUAUUCAAUAACAUUAACGUGUCCAUACAAUUUCCAGCUACGGGGCAGUUUAACUCUAAUGUCAAAGGGGAUGGGAGCAAAAUAUAUCUUCAGUAAAUA